GACAGUGACAUGGCGUCCAUCUCGUCUCGUCUUCCCCCUCCAACCUCGCCGACGAGUCUCGUAAAUCUGGAGAGAGAGAGAAAGAAGGGUCCCUAGAUCGAAGCUCUUGCUUGCUUCGGAGAUAGAUUUGGGUGUGUGUGUGUGUGUUGAGAAAAAUCGAAGAGAAAUGGGAAGUAGUAAUAACAACUCGUUGGCGGGACUACAAGAUCACCUGAAAUUAGCGAGAGAAUACGCACUAGAAGGAUCCUACGACACUUCUGUCAUCUUCUUCGAUGGCGCCCUUGCUCAGAUCAACAAGCAUUUAAACAGCAUUGAUGAUCCUAUGACGCGGACUAAAUGGAUGAACGUUAAAAAGGCCAUCUUGGAAGAGACUGAAGUUGUAAAGCAACUGGAUGCAGAGAGGAGAGCUUUUAAGGAAGCUCCCACCGGUCGUACUCGUGCUGCUUCUCCUCCUAUCAAUAGUAGUACCAAAUCUUCCUUUGUCUUUCAGCCCUUGGAUGAGUAUCCAACUUCCUCCUCCUCCUCCGGUGCUCCCAUGGAUGAUCCUGAUGUCUGGAGGCCUCCCACCCGUGAUGUUUCUACCCGAAGACCCUCCAGGCCUGGUGCUAUGAGAAAGUCUCCUCAAGAUGGUGCUUGGGCUCGUGGUGGUGCCCCUACUACAAGGACUGCUCCAUCUUCCCGAGGUGGAAGAGGCGGUAAGUCUGCUGCUGCAACCGCACGCUCUUCUGCUACUGCUGCUGCUGGAAAGAAAGGACCUGCCUCCAAAUCCACCAAGCCAGACUCUACCAAUGGCGAUGCUGAAGACGGGAAGUCAAAGCGGGGAUUGUAUGAGGGACCUGAUGAGGACCUGGCUGCUAUGCUUGAAAGGGAUGUGUUGGACUCGACUCCUGGUGUCCGUUGGGAUGAUGUUGCUGGUUUGUCUGAAGCCAAACGGCUCCUUGAGGAAGCUGUUGUCCUUCCUUUAUGGAUGCCUGAAUACUUUCAGGGUAUUCGGAGACCGUGGAAAGGAGUUCUCAUGUUUGGUCCUCCUGGGACAGGUAAAACUCUGUUGGCUAAAGCGGUUGCAACAGAGUGUGGUACCACCUUCUUCAACGUCUCUUCUGCUACAUUGGCUUCAAAAUGGCGAGGAGAGAGUGAGCGGAUGGUCAGAUGCCUGUUUGAUCUUGCAAGGGCAUAUGCUCCAAGCACGAUUUUUAUUGACGAGAUCGACUCUCUUUGCAAUUCUCGGGGGGGUUCUGGAGAGCAUGAGUCGUCAAGAAGGGUGAAAUCUGAACUCCUAGUCCAAGUAGAUGGAGUGAGCAACACAGCGACAAAUGAAGAUGGAAGUCGCAAAAUAGUGAUGGUGUUAGCAGCUACCAAUUUCCCAUGGGACAUAGAUGAAGCUCUCAGGAGGAGGCUGGAAAAACGUAUAUACAUCCCACUUCCAGAUUUAGAAAGUCGCAAGGCUCUUAUCAAUAUCAAUCUGAGAUCAGUUGAGGUGGCGAGUGAUGUGAACAUUGAAGAUGUGGCUAGGAGAACGGAAGGGUACAGUGGAGACGAUCUGACAAACGUGUGUAGGGACGCGUCGAUGAACGGGAUGAGGCGUAAGAUAGCAGGGAAAACGAGGGAUGAGAUAAAGAACAUGUCAAAGGACGAUAUCUCAAACGAUCCUGUGGCAAUGUGUGAUUUCGAAGAGGCCAUUAAGAAAGUGCAACCCAGUGUGUGUGCCUCCGAUAUCGAGAAACACGAGAAGUGGCUCUCUGAGUUUGGAUCUGCUUAAACCCCCUUUAAAACCCAACCACCUUUUUUUCUUCUCAUUAUUACUCUCUCAAGCUCAAAGAAUGUGUUUGUGUGUUGUUUAUAUUAUUAUGAUCAUGUUAUGUUGUUUCUAGUACCUAUAUUACAUCCAACUCCAGAGAAAUGAUUGUAUUGUUUUCUUUGUUUUUGCAUGAAGUAAACCUUUCCUUGUUAA